AUGCUCCUGAGCUUGUCAUACCGAUUAACCUCCGGUCGUUUAGUUGUCGUCGAGACUUUGUCACAGCUCGACGUAAUUCGCCGUCUGCAGGGAGCUUAUCCAGAGGUCUUCUCUCCCGGCACUCUGGACAGUUCUUCAGCACUGUACGAAUUCCGGCGCAAGAGCAAUCUCCUGUCGCCUAUCGGCCUGGAAGGACUCCAUAUGAUCGGGCGCACUGCGUCCACCCUAUGGCUGUACCAUAAACUGGGUGUGAAGUAUGUAACGUUGACUUGGAAUUGCCGCAACGCGAUAGCCGACGCCGCCCAGGUCACGGUUCUAGACGACUCACUCGACCCCGAAGCUGCACAGCCAGCCAAGCCCUAUUGGGUUGGGUUGAGUCCUCUGGGCGUCAAAACCAUCCGCGAAUUGAAUCGACUUGGCAUCAGGCGGAUGGUCCCUAAGCCUGGCGCCUGGUCCGGAUCGAUCUCUCCCAUACGCACCCUGCGACUAUGCUCGACGUACUUGGCGGCAAUAAGACGAAAUAUUUUUCUGGUUCAGAAGCGCCCGUCAUCUUCUCUCACUCCUCCGCGCAACUUGCCGACGUUCUUUCCGGCCAAUUCAAUCCUAGAAUUUGUCGCGGAACAUAUCUUGUACAUUGGCAAGAAGAUCGGCUUCGAACAGGUAGGGAUAGGCAGCGACUACUGCGGGAUUUCAGACACACCGAAAGGUUUGGAGGACGUCGCAAAGUUUCCCGAUCUCGUGCGGGAAUAUUGCAGACGUAGCCUGCGUGACGACGAGAUCGAAGGCAUCAUUGGUGGCAACGUGUUACGGGUCUGGAGGAGAGUGGAAGAAGUCAGCGCAGAGAUGCAGGCCAGAGGCGAAUUGCCUAUGGAAGACGAGAUAUGA